GACUACCUGCGCCCCAUUGACGUGGUCCAACGUUUUCUGGGCAAAGCUGGUGGCUCAAGCUGCGAACUGCCCAAGGUGGACGCCAGCAAACUCAGUGCUGAUGACUUUGAAGACCUGGCGCAGCAGCAUCCGGGAGGCCUCGUGCUGCAGAAUUUGCAGUGGCUGAAGCCCGAGGAUUGGACCAGAGAGACGUUGCUGAAGCGUUUCGGAGCCCAUUGGAUCUCCAGCGGCAGCGGACGCUGGGACCGUCCCGAAGCAACGCCCGAGGUGCGGCUGAAGGACUUCGCGGAGGUAGCUGCUGGCACGGCCAAAAGCUGGGUCGCCAAAGGCUACACCCAUGAAGUGGUUUCGACCGCCUUUUGGGGCUUUGAGGGCAACUGCUCUGGUCCUGUGGUGGCCAAUUGGCAUUGCGGCCAAGCGGGCGCCCGGCUUUUCGCCGGCUUCGAGAAGCGUCCCACGCUACAACUGGGCAUGUCCUUGGCCUCGGGGACGCAGCUGCACCGCCAUGAGGAGACCUGGCUUGCCUUGCUUCAUGGGAUCAAGGCCUGGUGGAUCGCGUCAGAGCCGCCAUCGGAGGAGGUCGAGCGUGAAGAACGAGCCAACACAAGGCAUCCGUGCCAGUGGUUGGAGGAGCGACGACCCAAGGGCCUCAGAUUCUGCGUCCAGCAACCUGGUGAGGUGGUCUACUUCGCUACGAGGCUCCACGCCACCUGCAACAUGGCGGACUACGUCCUGGGCAUCGGCGCGCAGGGCCGGGAGCCGAGCGAAUGGUCCAAGUUGGAGCGGGCGGUGCAUCGGGGACAAAGCGGCCUGGUAAAGAAGUUUCUGAAGGAGAAGCGUGCGCCCCCUUCGGGUCAUCAGCGUCAGCACUGGCUGGGACACGCUGCAGAGUAUGGCUUCACCUCGCUGGUGAAAGUCUUACUGGACCAUCGUGCGAACCUGCACCGUGGCGCCGACCUGCCGCCGCUGCACCGGGCGGCGGAGAAUGGGCACGACGCCGUGGUGCGCUUGCUGUUGGCGCGCCGGGCCGACGUUCGGUCGAAAGAUGUGGAGGACAAAGAGCCUUUGCACCACGCGGCGUUCAACGACAACGGCCAUGUGGCCCAGCUCCUGUUGGAGCAUCGUGCCUCGUUGACCGCGGCAGAUCAGCGGAAGCUCACGGCCUUUGGCAGUGCGGCCGAUGGCGGUUACCCUGAGCUGAUGGAGACACUUUUAGACGGCCACGCGCCAAAGACUGCGCGAGGCUAUGAAACUUCAGCAGUGCAUGCAGCCUCCAAGGGACAUCUUCCAGUCCUCCGAAAGCUUCUCGCCUGGCGCGCGGACGUGGCGCUGCCGGAUGCCUCCGGACGACGCCUAGUAGAUCAUGCGGAGUUCUAUCAGCAUCACUCCGUGGCAGCCUUUCUUCGAAGCUAUGACGGUGAAGCUCCACCGAGCACCAAAAAGCGGCGGAGAAAGGGCAAGGCCAAGCCGCAGUCUGAGGAACUCUGA